GUGUUAGCUUGUUUCACCCAGCUAGGGCUGCCCCCAGAAAAGUGGUCUUCCGACGUUCGUCCCAAGUCGCCGCCGCUUCUGCUUCUCGACGACGUCAAUGGCGAAGCGUCAAAUUCCUUUGCUCAACCGUGUUCUCGCGGAGAAGAUCGUCCCUCCCUCCAAGACCAGCGCUGGGGUCCUUCUCCCGGAGAAGACAACUAAGUGUGAUUAUGGAGUAGUAGUAGUAGGUUCUGAGGUGUGUGAUAAAAAUGGAAAUCUUAAUCCUGUGAAGAAUGGAUAUACUCUUCUCCUGUCAAAGGGUCAUGGGACUGAGCUAAAGCUGGGAGGAAGGAGCAACUGCAUUGGUUUUCCUCAUAGUCCUACCUUGAGUACAUAUGUAGGCAGUGGUAGUUUAAAGCAUGGAGAGCGCCUUUACUCAGAAGGCUCUAAUAUAAGUAGCAGCUCAAUUCAACUCAAGUCGUAUACAUGUGGGCCUAUUUCUCUGAAACCUGUCCUCUGGAGUCGAUAUUUAUCUUCUCAGGCUGGAGCAAAUUCAGGUGAUAAGGAAGACUAUCUGGAAGAUGGGUUUUCUGACCUGGAGGUACCACUGGAAUCUGCUGAUUCUGUGGAUGGCGCAGGCAAAGAAGUAGAUGAAGAGCUCAUUUCCGAAGGGGAGUUAUCCGAAGAAGCUGCAUAUGGUUCACUUGACUUGGUAGAUGUUAAAGCAAGUGAAGGUGGGGCAAAAAAGGGGUGGUCAAGGCUCUCACAUUCUCCUAUUUUCCAGUUAAUAAUGGAUACUCCAAGAAAUUCGUUGACAAGCGCACUUGAUAAGUAUGCUGAGGAAGGGAAAUCUCUUGGAAGUGGUGAGAUAUCUAUUGCUAUGCUUAAUCUGAGGAAGCGACGACUCUAUUCAAUGGCACUGCAGUUUGUUGAAUGGCUGGAAGCUAGAAAGAAAAUUGAACUCACAGACCGGGACUACGUAUCUCAUUUGGAUUUGAUCGCCAAGGUUAAUGGUCUAACUAAGGCUGAAAAGUACAUAGAGAAAAUCCCAGAAGCUUUCAGGGGUGAGGUGGUUUACAGAACUUUGUUGGCUAAUUGUGUUGCUGCUGUUAAUGUCAAGAAAGCCGAGGAGGUGUUCAACAAGAUCAGAGAUCUUGGUUUUCCUGUAUCACCUUUUGCUUGUAACCAGUUGUUGCUGCUCUACAAAAGGAUAGACCGGAAAAAGAUCGCCGAUGUACUCCUGAUGAUGGAAAAGGAAAAUGUCAAGCCGACGCUCUUCACUUAUAAGAUUUUAGUCGAUGUCAAAGGCCGUGCCAAGGACAUAUCAGGUAUGGAGCAAAUUGUGGAGACAAUGAAAGCCGAAGGCGUGGAACCUGAUUUGCUGAUCAAGACUUCGGUUGCAAAUGCUUACAUAUUCGCCGGUUUGAAGGAAAAAGCAGAAGCUGCAUUAAAAGAGAUUGAAGGCGAUGACAUCCAGGAGAAUCGUUAUGUUUGCAGGGCUAUUCUCCCUUUGUAUGCUGCCUUGGGCAAAGCAGAUGACGUAGCAAGAAUAUGGAAAGUAUGCGAAGUGAAACCGUAUCUUCCUGAGUGCAUUGCUGCAAUAGAGGCCUGGGGUAGGCUCGGGCAAAUUGAAAAUGCAGAGGAAGUCUUCGAGAAGAUGGCCAAGACGUGGAAGUUGUCAUCAAAGUACUUCACCACCUUGUUAAAGGUUUACGCAAACAACAAGUUGUUGGCCAAAGGAAAGGAACUGGUUAAUCGAAUGUCUGAGAGUGGUUGCCGAAUCGGUCCUUUGACUUGGGAUGCGCUAGUGAAGCUGUAUGUUGAAUCGGGGGAGGUGGAGAAAGCUGACUCGAUAUUGAACAAGGCUUCUCAGCAAAGCAAGACUCGACCUCUCUACAGCUCCUUUAUGGCCGUGAUGGAUGAAUAUGCUAAAAGGGGCGACGUCCAUAACGCCGAAAAGAUUUUUCACAGGCUGAGGCAGAUUGGCUAUGUUGGUAGAAUGAAGCAAUACCACACUCUGCUCCAGACCUAUGUGAAUGCAAAGACACCUGCUUAUGGCUUCAGGGAACGGAUGAAAGCUGACAACAUGUUUCCCAAUAAGACUUUGGCGGCACAACUGAUGUCUAACGAUGCGUUCAAGAAGACUCCGAUCUCGGAGUUGCUCGAUUGAAAGGCAUAUCACAAUAUAGUCUAGGCAUUCAAGACCAUUGCUACUCUUUAGAUUUUAUGUAUCUAUAAGUCUGAUCCUUCCGAAAUGAAGUCUUAUGCAUCAAAUUUUGUGAAGGGACCUCCCCCAACCAGCCUGUUGCCCUCUUAAGAAAUAUCGACGGAAACUAGUUGUUUUAAGUGCAUGAACAUCAAUGAAUAUUGCGGUUGUUCUUUCCAUAUUA